AUCAAUCAACACUUGGUAGCUAAGCCAAACACACACAAAAUGUUCAGCAAAAUCGUAGCUUUCGGCGCCCUGGUGGCGGCAGCCAACGCCGGUCUCCUGGCCGGACAUGGCGGUCUCGUUACUUCCCAGAGCGUGGUACACCACGGUGGUUACGCUGCCGCUCCCCUUGUCCACGCUGCUCCUCUUGCCCACGCCGCUGUGCCAAUUGCCCACGCUGCCCCCGUUGCCUAUACUUCCGGUCAUGACUAUUACUCGCACCCCAAAUACGACUACACUUACUCCGUGGCCGACCCACACACCGGUGACCACAAGUCGCAGCACGAGAUCCGCGACGGUGACGCUGUGCACGGUUCCUACUCUCUGCUCCAGCCCGAUGGCUCCGUGCGCACCGUUGACUACACCGCCAAUGACCACACCGGUUUCAACGCUGUAGUACACAACACCGCUCCCGCUGUCCACCCCGCGCCCGCACCCGCUCAUGGCUACCAUCAUUACUAGUUUCAAAGGGGAUCGUUUUUUUAUUAAUUUAUAAUACUGUGCAAUGAUUGUGAUACUGUAAAUAAAAGUAGUGAUAAAAAUUAAAACAAAAAAAA